UUUUUUUUACAGGGUUGUGCACUGAGAGUUACCUUCCCCUUUCAAGGGGAAUGAACUCGGAAUCAGAAUAAUUAAAGAUGGCUGACGGACAAGACUGGAGAUCUCCGAUUUGUCGGAAUAAGCUUAUAGGUCAAAUAGAUGAAGCUAUUCGAUCGGCAGGAAAUCAGAUAAAUAAAACCAGUACGGAAAUGGAGAGUCAUGUAUUUAACAAGGCUAAAACCAAGGAAGAGUAUUUAGCCCUGGUAGCACGACUCAUUCUUCAUAUUAAAGACAGCAAUAAAGACAAGCGGAAUCAACAGAUGGUUGUUGGCCAGGUUGGGGCCAUCGCAGGUCAUUCCAUAGGCCAAAUGAAUCCACAAAUGCAGGGACGACCUAUGCAGGAUCCACUAAAUGCCUUAACAAACCUGGCAAGACCCAUGCAACAAAAUCAACCAGGUAUGAUGGGAAGUCAUAUGAUACCACAGCAUAGACCAGGUAUGAUGACUGCUGCACAGAUUCGUCAAGUACAACAACAUCAGGCUCAACAACAACAACAGCAGCAGCAACAACAACAGCAACAGCAACAACAACAACAACAGCAACAGAAUAAACCUCCACUACAGGUACAGAGACAAGAUGCGUUUAUUGUGACAUCACCACAGAAUGUAGUCCCAGUACAAAGUCAGCCAUUACCAGCCUCAGCAGCUAACCUUCCUUUCCAAGGUCAACCACCAAAUAUGCCUCGACAGAUGCCAAAUCAGCAGAUUGGAAAAGCCCCUUCUCCAGCACAGAAUGUUUGUUCUCCUGCAGUUUUAAUGGCACCAUCACCUCCUACAAUGCGUGGUGGACCUGGAGUUCCCUCCCCUGGUGCAGCACUAAACACUCCAGGGAAUCCUGGAUCUGUUGGACCAGCUCCGAGUCCUGGUGGUAGACAAAUCACAGAUGAACAGAUGUAUAUGGAAAAAUUACAAAAAUUAUCGAAAUUUGUUGGACCACUUCGUGGAAUGGUUAAUACACUCGAAAAAGAUGAAAGUCGAAGAAUAGAUUAUGAGAAGAUGAAGAAUUUACUUGAUAUUUUAACAGAUCCUAAAAAACGGGUACCAUAUGCUACAUUAGAAAAAUGUGAAAAGGUUUUAGAGAAUCACCACAUGUCUGUAAAAUCAUCAACACCAUCUCAGCCUGUAACGACAGCGAGUAUGUUUGAGUGUUUAUAUGAAGGUAUAGCAGCUAAUAUUAAAACAACAAGUAUAAACCAUAGUCUACAGAGAACAUUUGGUCCAGCUAUAUCAGCCUUCUUUGGUCAGUCCAUCAAAGCUCCAGUGGCACCAAGUAGAAAACGUAAAUUACAGCCGUCAAAUGAGAAUGAAUUAUCAAAUGUUUUACAAGGUGAAAUCGCCAGAUUAGAUCCACGAUUUAAAAUCAGUGUUGAUCCAUUACAUCAUUCCAGUAAUCUCUCAAUACAUCUCAUCUGUAAAUUAGAUGAUAAAAAUCUACCGAGUGUUCCACCAUUAAUUGUACAGAUACCUACAGAUUAUCCUAAACAGACACCUGAAUGUGAUACACACUCGGAAGGUUAUGAUGCUACUCCAUUUUUUCAAGAAAUUCAGCAGAAUUUAGAGAGAUCGUUAUUAAAGAUGUCCAACAAAUUUUCACUGUCAGCUCUCUUGAAUUCAUGGGAAAUGAGUGUACGGAGAUCAUGUGAAACGUGAAAUAUAAAUUUCUAUAUUUAUAUAAUAGACGUCAUUUAUUGAUUGGUUAAAGGAACACUCCCAGAAUUCACAGGACAUUGUAAAUUAAAGUGGCUUUACAGAUGUAAAUCAAAAGCCAAAAUGUGACAAUAAACUUAUACAUGUAGUCUGUUUACGCUGUGAGAAAAUUUCAAAUCAAAAUAUUGAGUUGUUGUACCUUUCAAUUAUUUAUUAUAAGCCCCCAGUAUCAUCACAAUAUUUCACUGUUUUAUAUAGUUCGUUAAAUCAUGUCCAUCAGGCUUAAAAACUUCCAGUUAUUUUAUUGUUUUAUAAUUUUUUUGUAAUGACUUCUGUCUAUCAGUUCUCAGACUUCGGAGGUUAUGAGAACCAAAAUUGUGCAACAAGAGGAGGAACCCUGUUGAAAUUCAGACUUACAUAUCAACUUUAUGCUUAUUUAUUGCCAUUCUCAGACUUCAGAGGUUAUGAGAGCCAAAAUUGUGCAACAGGAGGAGGAACCCUGUUGAAAUUCAGACUUACACAUCAAUUUUAUCCUUAAUUAUUGCCCCUGAAAGUGAUACUUAAUGAAGAUGUCGAUGGUUGUAGAUUCAUUGCCUGACAAAACUGUGUUUGUAAGUGGAACAAAGGAUCCUAACAGGGAGACAAAAGAAUUUAUUAAAUUGAUAAAAAAAAUAAAUCAAGUAAUGAUUAGUGGGCUAUAUCCCGAUGAAAUCAUUUAUUUUGAAUAGCAAUAUCUUGUGUCUUAGGAGUAAGCUUAUCCUGGCUACUACACCUACUACUGCUAACAGUAUAUUAUCGUCAGUUAAUAUGGGAAAAAUUCCAAAAUUCAUUUGAAAGUAAUAUAGAAACUAAAGACAAUUUGUUAAGAUUUCCAGAUGGCUCAUUAUAUGACAUAUGCAAACAUUGUAUCAUUUAUAUAAAAUGAGAUAUUAUUAUUAUGUAGUGAAGUUUUAUUUCUAUACAAUUCACAUUGUUUUCUGUCCUAAACUUUGAAGUUUUUAUAUUCCUAUAGAUUAAAGGAGCUGAAUCUCUAUUAUUUGGCACCUAGAAAUGAACACAAAUGGGUUGCAACGUAUAUAAUAAUGUAAUAUGAAUGUAUAUAAACUGAUUUAUAUUCAA